AUGAUGGUAUCAAUUGGCUACAAUUCUUCAGAGGGGGGAAGAACGCGUCGAGGAUUAGGCAGCAAAAUUCAACGCAUGACGAAUUUUCUAUAUGGUAUAUAUUCAAAGAUCGAUACGGAGUUUAUUUUCGAUAAAAUCUUGGCAUUAAGCGAGAGCAAAAUUAAGGAUUUAAACUUAAUUCCGGAAAGGACUAGGAUCGUUCAGGCAGAAACAGAAAAUCAAAUGAAACAACUGUCUAAACACCAGCAGAAACUCGAGGAAAACUGUCAGUUUUUACAAGAACAAGCGAAGCAGAUCAUCCAGAAGCUCAAUAAGGUAGAAUUCAGGACAAGGUUACUGGAACAAUCGUUCCUGUUUGAGGUUAUAUUAAAUCAAUAUGCCUACGAAACCCAAAAUCUAAUGUCCAUAGUUAACUCUGCCCUGGAUGGCAAGAUUCACACCAGUGUUUUCACUUCGAGCAAACUACUCACAGAAUUAAGGGAAAUAAAAAUGAAUCUUCCAGUAGGAACCUCCCUCCCAUUAGUAGUAAACACCGAAUCUCUAACAGAGCUUAUUCGAAUCUCGGAAAUAGCAAUUUUCCAUAGAGACGAUCAUUUAGUAUUUGCCAUAGGUAUUCCUCUGAUAAGUAACGAAGGAUAUACCAUCUAUCGCCCCGUUUCUCUGCCCAUUCCGUACGACAAAAAUACAGUAAUUUUAAUUGACCCUGAAGUCGACUACCUUGCUUUAAGUAAUAAUAAUGAACAUUUUUUUGUAUUAGAAUUAAGUCAAUGGGAACUAUGUAUUAGGCUAGAAUUAUACACUCUUUGUAAGGGUGAUCAACCAAUACACCGCCGAACGGGAUCUAGCUUGUGUGAAAUUUCACGGUUGUCUAACUCGCAAAAUACAUUAGGAAAUUGUAAAAUUAAAUUUGUAACAUUAGACACACCCAUUUGGAAUCGAUUGUCAAAAACCAAUUCUUGGUUGUACUAUGCACAACCACACACGUGUACGAUUACCUGUUUAGAACAUCUACAAAGCUAUACCGUGGAGAUCUCGGGCGUGGGUAGGUUGACCACCUCAUUGUCAUGUGAAAUUUUUACGGAAAAUUCUGUACUCGAACCGUUAAAUAAAAAUGUUAGAAAUGUACAAGCAGACGUAAUCCCAGAAAAUCCAAAGGUCAGUGUAAUCUCUCUGUUAGCAGAGAUUCUACCAUCUGUAUUACCCCAAAAUGUUUCAAACUUAAACCCAAUAAAAAAUCUAAACUCUUUAGCACAUAAAGCAAUCGAAAUAAAUAACCUCCAACGUAAGUCAUUGGAGCCUCUAUUUAUAUUCAAAGUCGAAUUUCACUUUACAGUUAUGUACAUAUCCAUAUUACUCAUAACUCUAACCAUAAGUAUAGUCGUUGUUAAGUUUAAGAACCAGGUCAUAAAAAUGUAUAGUCCAGAGGUAGCGGACAAUAUUCCAAACAAUGAACAAGUUAACCCUUAA